AUCCGUUAUAUCAGGCAGAAUUUUUUUGAGUGUUUGCAACAAUAGCUGAUGUAAUUGAUAAUUAUCGUAAUAAAAAAUAACUGGUGAAAUUACAAUUUUCCAUUUUUGAAGAGACGCUUGGAACUGUAAAUAAAAACAAAAUUCGAAACAAUGGCGACUAAGUAUCAGAUGCCUUCGUCUUCACACUUACCAGGGCCUAAUAAUGGCCCCCACAAACCGUCAAGGCCCCAAACAAACCCAAAUGUAAAAAUAGAUACACUGGGAUCAAAGGUGGUGUGGUGUAAGAAUUUGCACCCCGAUGAUCUCAUGUAUACUGAAAUUGAAAAUAUGAUCACGAACGAUUCGAUUGUGAUCGAAAAUAUCGUGAAAGUUGAAAAUCCGUUUCUAAGAAAAGCGUAUCAUGCGAAAAAGAAGGAAAAACAGGCGCUUUACGGGGCAGUUCGAGAGGAAUUAUUGUUUCAUGGGACAAAAAAGUGCAAUGUGGACAAUAUUUGUCGCUACAAUUUCGAUUUUCGAUUGUUUGGUACUAAUAAAGGCCAUAGAUUUGGUCAAGGAGUAAGUUUCUCUCCAAACGCCAAAUAUGCUUCGUGGUAUUCUGAUGAUAGUUAUCAUAAAGUAAUGAUUGUGGCUGAUGUACUGAUUGCUAAUGUUUGCGAUGGUGAUGAAAAUAUGAAUUUACCUCCUCCUGGAUUUGAUACAAGCCAAAAGCCUGGUGGAAGUGUAAUCGUGAAGUACGAGGAUAAUGAAUUUUAUCCAGCCUAUAAACUAUACUAUCAUAUGGAUGAAGAUGAUGACACUGAUUCUGAUGAUUACACUGAUUCUGAUGAAGAUGAUUACACUGAUUCUGAUGAAGAUGAUUACACUCAUUCUGAUGAUGAUGAUGAUUCUGAUGACUCAUAUUAUGAAGAGGACAGUAAUGAUUAUUCAGAAGACGACAGUGAUGAUUAUUCAGAAGACUAUCAUAAGUAUAAAAAUUAAUUUCUUUAAGCCUUUGGGUUUUGUUGUUUGUGUUAAAAAUUUCUUUCUUUUCUCUUAACUAGUGACAUUUGUAAUAAAAAUUGUUUUGUAUUUUUAAGAAAUAUAAGUUUUCUUUUCGUUGUUCCA